AUGCGGUUGCGAGUUCGUGGCCCUUCAGGUCAGUCAACAAUCAGCUUAGACGACUCAGCGACCGUGUCCAAACUGCGAGAACAGAUUACAGAGACGACUAGCCUCUCUUCAUUCGAUGUCAAAUACGGUUAUCCUGACAUCAAACCGCUGGAUCUCGACAGUUUUGCAUCAGAUCAACGGCUAUCUGACCUCGGAGUCAACUUGAACGGAGAACAGCUUAUAGUUGUACAGCGUGAGAGUGCUUCCCCCGUUCAGCCAUCCACGCAGAAUAUUCCGACGUUACAAAAGCCAGAGAGCUCAGUGGAUGACCCGCCAGAGUUGGCUUCCCCUGAACACAGCGGGACUUUUGUUUUACGUGUCAUGCCAGAUGAUAAUUCCUGUCUCUUCCGUGCUGUGGGCGCAGCAGUCAUGGGUGAUAUGGACACAAUGGUCGAGCUCCGAUCGAUAGUUGCAGAAGUCAUUCAGUCCAACCCAGAAGAAUACUCUACCGCAAUUCUUGGAAAGAGGCCAGACGAGUAUUGCCGAUGGAUUCAGAAUGAGGACUCGUGGGGUGGUGCAAUCGAACUGAAGAUCCUCGGAGAAUAUUUCAAUAUCGAGAUUUGCUCUGUCGAUGUGCAGACGCUCCAUCUGUUCCAGUUCAACGAAGGAGCACCGACUCGGUGUAUUGUGGUCUACUCCGGUAUCCACUACGACGUCCUUGCACUUUCUCCCUCAGAGCCUCCAUACACGCGUGCCAACCCCCUUGCACAUGACGACACCAAGAUCUUUGAUGCUGCCGAUCCAUUAGUAUUAGAGAAAGCGAAGGAGCUAUGUCUUAUUUUACAAGGUAAACACUAUUAUACAGACACUUCUGGAUUUUCAGUCCGCUGCAACACCUGCGGAGGUACUUUUACUGGUGAAAAGGGGGCAACCAAGCAUGCCUCGGAAACUGGACACUAUGAUUUUGGAGAAGCGACUUAG